UUACUUAUUCACGAUACAGCACUUGCCUCGAGUACCUUAUUGCUUUUAUAAAACGGUUACUACACAAUAUUAAAGUAAAAAAAAAUAUUAGUGCAACUUUCAUGAAGUUAAAUCAAUAAAAGCAUUCCUUCUGCUAGAAAAAAUAGUCCCUGACUGCGAACAAUAACAUGAAAGCUCAAAUAAAAACAACAAACUGUUCUCAAACUUUGUCUCAUUAUAUGUUUAUGUGUUGCUAAGGGUGUUGCUAAGGGCGCAGUGAUAUUAAAUAGAACCGUUGGGUGAAGCGGUCAAAGCAGUGUUUUAUCGUGAAUAAAGCACACCUAUUGACCAAUCAGAAUCAAGGAUUGGAACUAACCGUUUUAUAAAAUACAAUAUAACAAUCAAUGAAACUAUUGGGGUAGAAGACUGGUGUGGCAAUCAGAUGAAAGGGGGCCCUUGAUGUUGCUAUAGCCCCAGGGCCCAAAGUCCUCUUAAUCCGGGCCUGAUAAUGCUUGUAUUAAAAAAUGUUAUGCUACUUUCUUAAUGUAAUUAAUUUAAAAUAAGAGGUUGUUUGUAUUUAUUUACGGAAGCAUACAAACGUAACUUCCUGUAAACUUCCGCAAAUAAUCAAUGUUUAAAGAGUAAUAUUACAAUAGGUACCCUGUAGUUAUAAAAAACCUACAGUAUAAAUCAUUUGUAAUUUUCCAUAUUAACCCCUUCACUCCCAAAAUGAAGCAUAUCGUUCCCUUAUACCUACGAGUACAUGCUGUAGAGGUACCUCUAGGUUGUUGUUACAAAUAGUUUCACUGUAAAUUGUUUAAUUUCAUGGUACAUUGCGGGCUGUAAUAUAAAAUGUUACCGAGAAAACCUGCGUUUAUCAUGUUUCAAUAUUGUGCUUAUUGUCCUGUGGUUAAUUAUGACGCAAUAGUAUGUUUUACUUUUGUGAAGUUGUAAAAUGGGUUUGACUUCCCAAAUGUAGUUGUUUAUAGUGAACUGCAUGUAUGGUAGUUGCCCAGUGGCUGUUUUGUAGAUGUAAUCCACCAUUCAGAAAAGAUUGCCAAUACAGUAGUCACUUUGGCUAGCUGGCUGGGUUUGUAACUGUUAGAGGUUACACAACUAUUUUGAGCUUCUACAGUAUGUUCCUAUAUACAGUAUUAAACUGUGUUUAAACAUAUUAAUAUCAUCAUUCUGGGCUUCAGCAUAUGGAAUGGAAGAAGCAUGCAUGCAAAAAAAACUUGAUCUUACUGGAUAUUACAUCGGUUAUAAUGAAAUAACUUGCCAUGCUUUUGAUGUUCCUGUUGAUAACAAAGACAAACAGCUUCAUGUAAUAUGCUAUUAGCGAAGGCAAUACAUUUGUUUUUACUUUGGACAUGUCAUUUGAACUCUACAGCUAGUUUUCUCUGAAGUUUGAGUUUAAUCUGCAAAUCUGCUGUUUGUUUAAAACAGUUACUUUUAAGAAAUUAAGAGAUGCAAAGCCGCUAAACGCCACCUCCGUCAAAAACGAGAUAAUGACAUUGACGGCAGGUAUUAUACGUUCAUUAAAUACAUUAGCUUUAAAUCGAGUUAAUCUCAUUUAGAAAUACCGCUUUGUUGGCGAAAUCUGUUAAAUGCCACGACAAUUUUUCAGCAAAGUCCUCUAAGUGCACGGAAGAAGAAAUCGAUGGCGACGGCACAGUUACAGAAGUGUGCAACAAAGCCAGUAUACUACUUUCAUCAACUUCUUUAACUCUUUUAGUCCAAUACUGAUUUUUUGUGUGCGGCAUUUUGUUUCAAAGCCAUUAUUUGCACAUGCAUAGAUUUUACAUAGUGGCACAGAUUCUUUUUUGGUAAACAAAAAAUAAUGAGGUAUAAAUUUAUAAAAAACGUAAUUAUGUCAUUAAGUUUGAAUAUGAUUACUUCAUAUGAAAAACAACAUUACCUUUCAUUUAAAUAAAAAAACAAAACAUGCAUGAAGCAUGUUUUUCCAUAUCAAAAAUACUUUUAAUUAAACUUUUGUAGUUAAACAAAGACACUGGAUUAAGAAAUAAGAACAUUGUAGGUGGUGUAGAGUUACAGUAAAAAAAUAAAAUUAAACAUUAACUAAACUCUGUGGUGAAUUCUGUAUGUUGGCAUGUGCUAUGUCUCAUCGACUGUUUUCUUUCAGAUGAAGAAUCGCUUGAAAUCGACUGGCUUUGGAAUCACUUCAAGUUCAGGUUACAAAGCGCAAUAGCUUUUUCCAGGAUGCUAACAAACUGUUGCUGAACGAAAAAGCUAACUGGGUGCAUCUGAAGGAGUUUGCCCGUAAAAAUGCUGCCAAUGCCCUUUCUAUGGCCAACAUGGUCAUGGGCAUGGCCUCAAUUCUCUGCAGUCUCAGUGGGCAUCAUCAUGCCGCAUGCUGGCUGGUUCUGAUUGGUUACCUGUUGGAUUUGGCAGAUGGAGCCGUUGCUAGGCAACUGGAUGCAUGUUCUGCAUUGGGUGCAAAGUUGGACGAUUUUGCUGAUUUUACAACAUUUGGAAUAGCGACAUCACUACUUUUACGGACGCCCAGUCUGCUGGACAAUAUCCUGUGCAUUGUCUACGUGCUGUCUGUCUUUGUGCGUCUCUGCUUCUUUUCUAGUGGAAUUCCCUUUAUGUACCGUGGUCUACCAUGCCCCUACUCAUCUGCAAUUCUAGCUUGUGUUUCCCUGCUAACUGGUGAAAAUUUGGCAGUACUGAGAAUAAUAGCAGUGGCUAUGAUUCUUUUCAUGGUGAGCCAGACCUUUUACCCACAUGACCGAGUGCUGGAGUCUCAAGCCUGGAAGAAAGUGGUCUACGUCGGAGGAAUUGCCAUGGUCUUUUGUUCCUCCUUCCCUUCAGCAUGUGUUUACUACUUGUUAUGGUCAGUUUCCUACAUACUGUUUCCAACAGCCCUGUGGAGCUCCAAAGUGUGAAGAAGCAAUGGCCUGGAAGAUUUCUUCCCGACGGCUCUUCACAACCGGAGAAGGCCUGUGCAGCUUGUUGGAAUCCUACUGCUUCUUGUGAUCGAAUCAUAUCGAUCAUUUUAAAGUAUUUUAAGUCAUUUUAAAUCAAACUAAAUCAUUUAGCUUUUGGGAUGAUAAACCUUUUAUUCCCAGAUAAACUGAUGACAUCUUUCCGAUCCAGGAGAGUUAAGAAAACUUUGAUUAGCUGCUUUAAGAGAAAUGGCCUCUGCAUUACACAUAUUAUAGUGUGUUUUAUUGAUCAGAAUAAUAGUUUGUCAGUGGUUGACAGAUAUGUAAGGAUCUUUGAUUUAUGCGUGUUGCUUAUUUCAUCUGCACUGAUUUAAAACUGAAGAAGCAAGUGGCAGGAUGGGUUUUGUCAAAUUUGCUGUGGGAUUUAUAUUUGGUGGCUGCUUUUUGGUGGUGGUUGUUGUUGAGGAGGUAGAUGAGAAGGUUUUUUUUCCAUGUGUAAUACUGAUAUUUUCAUUUUGUGUUUACUGAUUAAAACACUUCUAAAAUGGUAUAUCUGAAACUCAAAAAUAAUUAAAAUAUAUUAGCUUUUUUAAGUACAUUACAUUUGCAUAAACUGUAAUAAUUAGAAGUAUUUUUUUUAAAAGGAAUGUUUAAUUGUAAAAAAAAGGGAUUUGCAUAUUUCUGAUCUGUGCAGUCACGUGUAAAAGAAACUACAGUAUGUCGGUUAUCAUCAUUAAUUAGUGCCUGGUUAAUAUUUGACCAUGAUAAAAAAACUGUAUGUCUCAUAUUGUGUUUGAUAAGCCUUCAAAACAAAUACCAAUUAACAAUGUUAGGAAUGGUGGGUUUGACAAAAAAACUACUUCCCACCAAAGCAUUUUGUUGGAAGUGUACAGUACGCGCAUGUUGGCCUCUGUUUUAAGGGGUCCUGCUUUCUACAGUAUCCCAAAAUAAUUGCUAAUGUUUAGAGAGUGACAUUUCUUUUGAUUUGCUAUGUACACUUGUGUGGGUUUAAUAGGAAAACAGAACCUUGCAAUGUAACCAUGUUAAGACAUCACUUUGUGUGUUAUGUGGUUAAUUUAUAUUAAAAUUUAGUGGUGUUUUGUCUUGUG